CCCUGUGCCCGGUGACGUCACACACGCUGGUAAGGGGGAGUACGGUCUGGGCUCGGAUCGAUGUUAUCUGCACUCGCCAGGCUCUAGCGGCGCCGCCAUUUUCAGUGUCUGAAAGCGAGUGAAGAAGAGAACGGGAACCGGGAACGGCGGUGCUGAGGUCCGGAGGGCGGGGGUGACAGGAGGACUGUGGGUCCUGCCGUUUGUAUGUGACAGCCGUUCACUCCCCAAGAUGAACGUUACCAAGGGUGGCCUGAUCCUUUUCUCCGCUAAUUCCAAUGCCUCCUGCGUAGAGCUGGCCAGGAAGAUUGCCGAACGCCUUGGGGUUGAGCUUGGCAAGGUCCAGGUAUACCAGGAACCAAACAGAGAGACCCGCGUUCAGAUUCAAGAAUCGGUGCGAGGAAAGGACGUAUUUAUCAUACAGACAGUUUCCAAGGAUGUGAACACGACAAUCAUGGAGCUUUUAAUCAUGGUGUACGCGUGCCGGACCUCGUGCGCCAAAACCAUCAGCGGCGUCAUCCCUUACUUCCCUUACAGCAAGCAGUGCAAGAUGAGGAAACGAGGGUCCAUUGUCUCCAAGCUUUUGGCCUCCAUGAUGUGUAAAGCGGGUUUAACUCACUUGAUCACCAUGGACCUACAUCAGAAGGAAAUUCAGGGCUUUUUCAAUAUCCCCGUGGACAAUCUACGAGCGUCUCCGUUCCUCUUACAGUACAUUCAGGAAGAGAUUCCUGACUACAGAAAUGCCGUUAUUGUAGCCAAAUCGCCAUCGUCUGCAAAAAGAGCUCAGUCUUUUGCCGAAAGGUUACGACUAGGAAUCGCCGUUAUCCAUGGGGAAGCUCAGGAUGCAGAAUCCGACAUGGUAGAUGGAAGACAUUCACCUCCAGUUGUCCAGAACAUCGCCGCUGCCAUUCACCCGUCAUUGGAGAUACCUUUGAUGUUCCCCAAAGAAAAGCCUCCUAUUACGGUCGUCGGUGAUGUUGGUGGAAGGAUAGCCAUCAUUGUUGACGACAUUAUCGACGACGUAGACAGUUUUGUAGCCGCUGCCGAGACGUUGAAAGAACGAGGAGCCUACAAAAUCUUCAUCAUGGCCACUCAUGGGCUCUUGUCCUCAGAUGCUCCCAGGUUAAUAGAGGAGUCUGCCAUCGACGAGGUAGUUGUCACCAACACAAUCCCCCACGAAAUCCAAAAGCUGCAAUGCCCCAAAAUCAAGACGGUGGACAUCAGCAUGAUCCUGUCCGAAGCCAUCCGCCGCAUCCACAACGGAGAGUCCAUGUCGUAUCUCUUCAGAAAUAUAGGAGUGGAUGAUUAAUAUUUUGCCGUUUUUUGUUUUUUUUGUCUAUAUAAAUAUAUAUAUAUAUUUUUUAGGAAUUAUACAAAGGGCCAAAACUGGAAUUGUACAGUGUCUCUCUGUGCCGUAUAAGCUCUGACCUUAAAACUUCGACAAAAGCCGUGUUUUCCGCGCUGUCUACCUGUAGGCUUUAUUUUUAUUUUUUUUUGCAAAAUUUUUGUGAUCAAAAUUCUCACACAACACAAAAGAUACAAAAAAGUAGAAUAAAAAAAAAUGCCUUUGUUACGUGCACUAGGGGGGGGGGGGGGGGGUUGUGAAGCAGCAAUAUGGGACAAUAUCUGCACUUACUAUAAAAUCUGAGAAAAGUAAAGUCUUUGAGUUCUGCCCUGAUUGCUUAGUUGGGAUAGGGGAAAGCUGGAUGAUGAGGUCCAACAAGGUCUCUCUUUUUGCUCACCCAGAUCUCUUUGGCUCCUGAAUGGCAGUCUAACUUAUGUAUGGGCAAGGAUGCAGGGAAUGCAUUCACAAACCUAGCUUAUUGGGGGGGGGGGGGGGGGGGGGGCAACAUUGCUUGUCACUCAACUUUCCCGUAUACAGAUAUGAACUGGAUUUCUAACUUAAUGUUUUAUAUCUAAUUUUUUUUUUUUUAAAUAGAGGCAAAUGGUUUAUUUUGCCCAGUUAUUAGCACAGUGUUUCCCAGCCAGGGCGCAUCCAACUAUUGCAAAACUAUAGUUUCGGAGUUGUAGUUUUGCAACAGCUGGAGUCAACCUGUUUGGGAAACAUUAUAUUAGUUUGUCUCUGUCAUUUUAAUAAUCCAAUAAUGCGUUUAUGUUAGUCUGCAACCUGCUACCAAAGGGACGUUCAAGAUCUAUUCAUUCAUUUAUUGAAUAUAUCUAAAAAAAAAUAAUAAUAAUAUAUAUAUAUGUGUAUGUGUGUGUGUCAUAUAUGACAUAUAUCAAUACUAAAAUAUAUAUAAUUUCAAAACGCGCACACACACACACAUAUAU